AUGGCUCCCAACAUUGCUAUCGUCUACUUCUCCGCUUACGGCCACGUUGCCACUCUCGCCGAAGCCGAGAAGAAGGGUGUCGAGGCCGCUGGUGGUAAGGCCACCAUCCUCCGUAUUGACGGUGCCCACGCCGGUGCUGGUGCCUAUGAUGUUGUCACCCCCAAAGAUCUGCUAAAUUACGAUGGUAUCCUUUUCGGUAUCCCCACUCGCUUCGGUAACCACCCCGCCCAGUGGAGAGAGUUCUGGGACAAGACUGGUGGAAUCUGGCAGUCUUGUGGCUACUGGGGCAAGUACGCUGGUCUCUUCAUCUCCACUGGUACCCAGGGUGGUGGCCAGGAGUCCACUGCUCUUGCUACUUUGAGCACCUUCGCUCACCACGGUCUCAUCUACGUUCCCCUGGGCUACAAACACACUUCCGCCCAGCUUGCCAACCUCGACGAGAUCCACGGAGGUUCCCCCUGGGGUGCCGGUUCUUUCGCCGCUGGUGAUGGUUCUCGCCAGCCUACCAAGCUCGAGCUCGAGAUUGCUGAGGCUCAGGGUAAGGCUUUCUACGAGACUGUUGCCAAGGCAGUCUGA